CUUCUUUCUCUUACUCUUGACUCAGCCCUCCUCAAUCUCUCCGACAUAUCCGAUCUCACUCCCAUCCCUGACCACAUCCUCCUCGACCUCUUCCUGGUUAAAAAGAAAAGAAAUAGAAAAGAAGAAGAAGAAGAAGAAGAAUGUUUUUAACUGCACUCUUUUGCUAAUUUAUUCAUAGGUUACCGGAAUUGUAGAGAGAAUAUUGAAGGCUGGAAAGCUGACUGAGAAAGUUCUGAGACUGUUCGUGGCAACUGGUAAGGAGGAAGUCAUCUCACUUAUUCAGGCACUUAACAUCCAGCAUAUUGUGACCCCUGUGCUGCCUACCAGAUGUUCUGAAAAAUUUUAAGGUAGGUCUGUGUAGUUGCAGCGCCAGGUAGCUGUUUGAACUCAACUUGUCAGCUUUGAGAAGGUGAAAACGAAUUUGGUUUCUGCAGUAAAUUUGUACGACCUAAAUAUGUCUCAAGCAAAUAUCAACGAGAGUGAAGUGGACAUAGUCAUUGGUGCGCUGCAUUCUGACCUGACAUUUUUUAUGAAUGAAUGGAGACCAUUUUUCUCUCGUUUCCACAUGAUAAUUGUCAAAGAUCCUGAUCUCAAGGACGAUCUUCGAAUUCCUGAAGGCUUUGAGUUGGAUGUCUAUUCAAAGUCUGAUAUUGAACGAGUUGUGGGUUCCUCCACUGCUGGCCUAUUCUCUGGUUACUCUUGCAGGUAUUUUGGCUAUCUAGUUUCACGAAAGAAGUAUAUUGUGUGCGUUGAUGAUGAUUGCAUUCCAGCAAGGGACAACAUGGGAAAUAUGGUAGAUGCUGUAGCCCAGCAUCUAUUUAACCUCAAGACCCCUGCGACCCCUUUCUUCUUUAAUACACUCUAUGAUCCUUUCCGCAAGGGUGCAGAUUUUGUUCGUGGUUACCCAUUUAGCUUGCGAAGUGGGGUUGAUUGUGCUCUGUCAUGUGGCUUAUGGCUCAAUCAGGCAGACUUUGAUGCACCAACACAAGCACUCAAGCCCGGAGUGAGGAAUUUGCGAUAUGUGGAUGCAGUUAUGACUGUUCCUAUGAGAACUAUGAUGCCUGUUAGUGGAAUCAACAUUGCUUUUAAUCGUGACGUAGUUGGCCCUGCAUUAGUCCCUGCCUUGAGGUUGGCCGAGGAAGGAAAGUUGAGGUGGGAAACAAUUGAAGAUAUAUGGUCCGGAAUGUGUGUGAAAGUGAUCUGUGAUCACCUAGGUCUAGGUGUGAAAACAGGGCUGCCUUAUGUUUAUAGAACGCAAAGAGGUAGUGCCAUAGAGAGCCUGAAGAAAGAGUGGCAAGGGGUGAAACUGAUGGAGGACAUCGUUCCUUUCUUUCAAUCAUUGAGAUUGCCACAGUCAGCGAGUACACCAGAGGCUUGUGUGGUGGAGAUGGCGAAGACAGUGAAGGAGAAACUGGGACAGGUAGAUCCUAUGUUUUUGCGGGCUGCCCAGGCCAUGGAAGACUGGGUCAAGCUUUGGACGUCAAUUAGUUCCUCAACCGGUUGAAGUGGGGUGUGCUGUUUGUAUGUGUGCCUCUCUUUAUAUAAAACCGAUUUGUAUGCGGUUUGUUUCUAGUCCACCUAAACUUUUAAGCUGAUAAACUACUGUUUUAUUAAAGCAGAAUAAUAUUGAUCGUAUUUAUUUGUUU